CCCGUCCUAUGGCGCCCGCCUUUUACCACUACUCGCAGGUGUCCAUGGCAGACGACUGGAAAGGAGAGGGGCCCCCGGCUUGCAGGUGGGCAACGCGGGCGUGCCUCGUGGGGCUGCUGCUCGUGGCGGUGGCUCUGGGGUUGUCCCUGCUCAUCCUAGCUGUGAAGUUCAACAGCGAGGCCUGCCAAAACGGACUCCAGGCAGAGAGGAGGUGCCGAAAUGCCACCCACCUUCUGGAGGACCAGCUGACCCGCACCCAGGACGUCUUGCUGCGGGUGAAGAACCAAACCGUCUCCUGCAACAGGAGUCUGGUGGCCCUGAUGGCUGACUUGGAGAAGAAGAAGUCCGAGAUCCAGGAGUACCAGCUGCACAUACAGGAGCUCCAAGAACAGACGAUGGAAUUGAGACAGAAGCUGCAGGACAGUUCGGCAGAAUUGGACCAACUAAGGAAACAGAACAGGUUCUUGAGCCAGGUGACGACCCAGACCAAUGGUGGCUCCCUGGCCCCCUCCACCCUGCUGGUGACUUGGGCACUGGUGUUUCUGGGCCUCUGGGCGACAGGUCACAACCUGCAUUGACCGGGUCCACCUGCUUUAGGCUUCCAGGGUUCCUACUUGGUCAUGGGUGGGGGAUGGGGGAGGGGUCACGCACUUUUUGCUGUCACGGUUUGGGGUUGUCACUUUGUUCUGGGGUCUUUGAGUGCCAAAAAAUAA